ACGGGAAGAAAGGGUGAGAGCGAGAGAGAGAGGGAGAGAGAGAGAGAGAAAACUGGUGUCUUGCGUCUCCGCUGGUUUUUUUCUUGGGUAGGAGGAGAGUCUCUCAGCGUCGCAGCUGCUAUUGAAGGCUCCGAUCGGAUCCUCCGCGAUCUCAUCAAAUUUCAAUAUUUUUGGAAACAAGGAAAAGAAGAAGAAACAAAAUCCAAUAUUCUCAUUCUUACCUUAAAUUAACCCUCCUAUUUUUAUUUUUUUAUUAAAGAAAAUUUUGAUGAUUAUUUUUUGUUUUUUGGGUAGGUGAUCAGUAGACGACGAGGUUAAUCCGAGAGCGAGAAACCCUAAUUAGAGAGAAGGGCUUUCUUCGAUUUUUUUGGGUUUAGGGGAAUAUAGGAAACCCUUGUUUUCGGAAGAGAAAAGGAAAAGUUUCCCCGAUUCGGCUUAUUAGAAUAAGUAAACCCUAAUUUUUUUCUCGAUGAUGGCUACAGCUUCUGACCCUGCUUCGACGGCUCAUCACUCUCCUCGAGGCUCUUCCGCCAUGGAUGCCUCCGUGACAGCCGCGGCUGGCACUCAUAGUCCUAGAUAUCGGCGACGGGUUAGUGGCGCCGGCGCCGGUGGAGUCUCUUCGCCGUGGACUCAGAUUGUUCGUGGUGCUGAUUCUGAAUUGACAAUCUCUUCUUCUCCUUCUUCCCCGGCUGCCGCCGUCGCUACUACGGUGGGGAUUUCCGUUCCUCCUCCUCCUCCUCCUCUUUCUCCCUCUCUGUCCAGUGUUUCUCAGGAGCAAUCUGAUCGAUCCCCUUCAAAGGCUGGGGCGGCAGCGGCAGCAGCAGCAGCAGCUACGACUUCUUUUUUGCCUGAAGAUUGUGCCGGUGAUGCUCAGCCAGAAGGCUCUGACAAUGGAAGCGGAGGCAACAAUGGAGCAAAGAAACCGGCUUGGAAUAAGCCUUCCAAUGGGGCUACUGAGGCUGGUCCCGUCAUGGGGGCUUUCUCUUGGCCUGCUCUGUCUGAAUCAACUCGGGCUUCUCCAAAAUCUUCUUCUGAGUCUCUUAAAACUCUUUCUGAUGUAUCAGUUCCGGUGUCACAGGCAACUGGAAUGGCAUCACCUUCUGCACAUAAGCAGGGGAUUAAUGCUAAUACCAAUUCUAGUUCUACCCCAAACCAUGCGCCUUAUAACAGACAGAGGUCUAUGAAACGUGGUGGUGGUAGUGGGAAUCCAAGCAGUAAUGCAUCAGCCAAUGGUGGCCCUUCUCAGCUGCCUUCUCCACGGUCUUCAGGGGUGGAAACUGGCUCUAAUAAUUCUGGAAAACCUGCUAAUCCUGUGUCCGAUUCUUCACAUCGGGAGGGAGGGCAAAGGGGAGGUGUUGGUUCUCAGUCUCAUAGUGGGAAUGACCACCAGCAGCAGCGAAAUUCAUUCAAAAGGGGCAGUGGGGGCCCUCGUGGUGAUGGAUCUCACCAUCAUGGCUAUGGGGGGAGGCGAGGUGAUCAGGACAGGGGAAACCAAGAUUGGAAUCCUAAUCGAAGUUUUGGUGGUGGCAGAGAUACCCACAUGCAGUCACAGAGAGUGGCUUCUAGGCCCUUCAUCCGGGGCCCACAUCCUACACCUCCACCUUUUAUGCCUCCAACACCCAUGCCUGUGCGCCCUUUUGGCACCCCUAUCGUUUAUCCUGAUGUGCCUUCUACAGUAUUUUACCUUCCAGGGCCACAUCCAGAGUCACUCAGAGCUGUGCCUAUGGUUCCUCCAAUGGCACCAUUUUUUUUUCCAUUUCCAGAUCCCCAGCUGCAAACCAAGAUAGUGAAUCAGAUAGAAUAUUAUUUUAGUAAUGAGAAUCUGGUUAAAGAUACAUACUUGCGACAGAAUAUGGAUGACCAGGGUUGGGUUCCUAUUAAAUUAAUAGCAAGCUUCAAAAAAGUUACGCAGCUGACAGACAAUAUUCAACUUAUUCUGGAUUCUGUAAGAACCUCAGGUGCCGUUGAAGUGGAGGGCGAGAAAGUCAGGAGGAGAAAUGACUGGACAAAAUGGAUAAUGCCACCUUCUGUUCAGUAUUCUACCAUUUCAAGUCCUCAAUCCAUGCAAAAGUCAAGUCAGGACAUGCUUGCUUUAAAUUUCCAAAGUAUGGCAUUAGAUGAAAAGACAGCAAAGCAGGGUUAUGGUGAGACGUACCUUAGUCCAUCUUCAUCUGGGGAGUGGAGUAGCCUCUCCCAGCAAUCUAGUGGUGAGAAGACAAGCCAAGUUGCAGUUCAAGCUGGGUUUCCAACAUCAGCCCCCAAUUCAAGUAAAUGAGAGGUUCCGCUCAUAAUAGACUCAGCAUGAUGGAUAUUUCCGAAAUUGGACGCUGGGAUGAAAGAUCUGCAGGCAGUGGUGAAUACUAACAUGGUCGAUGAAAGUCAAUUCUUGCUGUUGUGUGAUAAGAAAAUGAUAUCUCACCAGGCACAUAGACAGAAAAAGAGUUAAAGGGGAAACAAACAAAAGGAUACGUUUAAUUAGAAAUAAAAAGGGAACAAAGGUAAAAAUUUAUGAGAAGAUUUUUGAGGAGUAUUUUUGGGAUGUAUGCGUGUUUUCCUUUUGGGGAUCAUCAAUAUUUCCUAUAUCUUGUUUUGUCGUUUGUCAUGUGUUUGAUAGUCGCGGGGAAUUUUGAUUCAACUUCCCCGUGCAGCCCCUCAGCCGUUUUUUUCAUGAUCUUUGGGGCUUGGUGAUCUCCUGUUCUUGGAGGGGUAAGCAAGCACAUGAAGUUGGGUGACUGAGGUUGCAGGUUUCUUGUUUCUCUUGUUGGAUACAAGGGUGAUGAUGGGGUGCAGCUGCUUCUGCUGCCCUGAGAUGGUGACAUGUUUGUGCCCCCUUUUUUUUUUUUUUCUUGGGUGUGGGAAGGGGCGGGUUUUUCCGAGUAUUAUAUUUGAGAUUUAUUUUCUGUAUGACCUUUAUAGCAUUUGGAAAACUUGCUGCAUAAAUUGCCCUUUCUUGUGGGGGACAUAUCCGGGGCAUAUAUAAAUAUUUGAUACCCCUAUUAUUUGUGCGACUCUGGAAGUAUGCAUUAAUUAUUGUUGGGAA